UUUUACCCUGUAUCUUGGUUUGACAAGACGAAGGAUCACUCGCUAUGUUUAAGAUGGGGAGCCUGCUUGCCUUUGGAACAGUCUAUCUCCUGAUGCAUAUGUGUGCUUGGGCACAGGAAACCUCCGAAGAAAGCUCUGUACGUUUUACCGUAGAAUUUUACGUUGAAGUAAUUACUAGCUUACUCGACCAACUGUAGGUUGUCAGUUUGUUUUCUUUCCUUAUUUUUUUCUCUCACUCUUUCUGCCGUAAGGAGUAGUUUAUUCCUAAUUUCUCAUUUGGUAUUGGAGAUUUUACUGAUCUACAAUCCUCGUCACAAAUCUUGAAACACUGGUGCGAUUUUCCCCUCCCCAAUGUUGAUUUGGAUUUUCAGUCAUUUCAGUGCUCCAAAAUAAGCUCGGCUCAACAUUGGGGAAGGAGAGGGGCACAUUUGAGUGAGAACAAAGGUGUGAAGAGUGAAUGUAAGAAAUCUAGAGAAAAUUCAAGACAAAUGGCUCCUAUCUCAACGAUUUGUGACGAGUAUUGUAGGUCUUCUUACGAUCCGGGCUGUUCUCACUGAUUUGUUGCCCUGGUUUGGCCUUUACGGCAAGUGUUUUUUUUAUACAACUUUAUGUUACCAGGGCGUCAGUGAGUUGGACAUGUGCGUUUAUUACCAAUUGUUCUAAAAGUGUGUCAAGAGUAAAACUAAAACUGUGAGAAGGAAGUAUAUCUAGUCCUCAUUAGAGGAGUUAUAUCACGAUUACGCUGUCUUAUGUGGUUUAUUUUAUGUCAAAACUUGUUAUCCCUGCCUAGAAAAAGGGUACAGACGUAACGAUACUGACAUGACGAGUAACAGUAUCUUUAUUGUGCCUUACUCUCCAUAUGGAGGUGUCGGUCCGUUUGCAAUAAAGGUCUUACAUUUGAGUGACAGUAACGUCUAACUAAUGAUUCACGCACUUUAAAGUAAUCAAAGGUUUUCUAUUGACGAGUGGUCCAGAGAUCGUAAAGUAUCUUUACCCCAUUUUUCAAUUAAUAGGCCUUACAAACCUUUUUAUUAGUUUUACCAGACAAAUUAUUGAUUUAGGACAACUACGGUGGUUAAAAUAUUCCCAUUUACAGUAACUACCUUUUAAGAAGCUUUGCAACGAUUUUCUACUUUAAAACCCUUGGAAACAAUGCAUGUCAACCCCAAAAUAAUGUUUAACAGUUUCCAUUUAAUUACUCUACCACUGUACCUCAACUAAAACAUACUGCAUGUCUUUGGCUUUAGAUGACCAGAACGGAAACUUGAAAAAAUUGCCAUGGGCCAGCUUUUUCAGGUUGAGCUCCUAAUUUUUGAAAAUUGAGCGAAAAACCGAUUAUGCUUUGCUUUCUCUUUGAUAGAAUCUUUCUUUUAGAGUUCCAAGCAAGAGAAAACAUGACUAAGAAUGCAUAGCUGUAAUUUCAGCUCAGCUUUGACUAGACAAAUGUAGAAAUCACUUUCUCAAACUCAUUAAUAAUUCAUAAAGAAAAUUCAAAGGAAAUUAAUGUUUAAUGAGUGUUUGGAUAUCGGAUGAAAAACUGCUCAUUUUUGCAUCCUUAAUUUCUCCUUCAAAAAUGAUUUUGUUUGAGAAGAAAUAUCAAACAUUCGACACUGUGUUUCAUCACCAGAUGAAACACCUCGAAGUUCGUCAAAAAUACUCCGCUACGCGUCGUAUUUUCAACUCUCUUCUCGGUGUUUUAUCUGGUGAUGAAACACUGCGUCUCAUGUUUGAUAUAUUACAUGAAAUAGCCCUUUAGGGGGACCAUUGUUGCUGAAUUUUUAUAGAAAAGGUUACCUGGUAAAUUGGUUCUACUGUACAGCGAGUUCGCUGCACGGACUCAGGAGCACAUUGUUGGGACGGAGAACUAUCUUUUGUUUUUAUUUAAUUUUUAAAUGGUGCUGAAAGAGGGUCAAGUUCGGGCGAGGAUUCCGAUGAAUCUGACGUGGAGACUGUGCAAGAGCCAGUGGAGAGGGCUGCCGAAGAUUCUGACACGGAAGCGGAACAAGAUACAGCCUCACCAAAAUAAACACUUUUUUAUUUGUUGUUUUCAUUCGGCCGCGUAUGAAAAUAAUGAACGUUUAUGAUUUUAGAUUACGAUUCUCUAUAAAACAAACUGAAACGUCAUGAAACAAUUUUGAGCAAUUGUAAGUAUUCCAUUCUCAAAAUCUUGAUUACCUUUCUAAUUUCAAUAGAUCGUGCCUGAUUAACAACGUGUAUGUUUUAAUAGACUACGAUAGUGAUACUUUUUUUACAAAAUGGAGGGUCUGUAAAAGGGUUUGGGUUUUGUGUCUGGGCUAGAAUAAAGUUUAUAUAAUACAAAAUACAACUGAACGUGGUCUUGAAUAUAUGGUUGGGGGUUUAGAGUCCUAGCGGCAAAUCCUACCAAAGUAUUUACAAAUGCACUCACCCGGGGUCCCGGCGCGACCUAAAAUUCCUUUUUUUUUUUUUUCGUCUGAUCCCCCAUUAUGCUUGUCAAUUACGGCUGAUCCCCCCUAAAGGUCUUCAAAAAACCAUGUGAUCCCCCCCUAAAUACUCCGACCCCCCCCAGGCGAUAAAUAAUGACCGGUCCCUUAAUUGGCAACUAACUUUCCACCCACCGAAAAGAUCUUUUUUAAGCAUUUAAUUUACCCUGUAAGGACACCACCACAGAAAAGCAUUUUUCUCUCGAAUGAAAUCUCGGCGAGAUCUAAAAUAACAUCUGCUGAAAUAUUGUUAUUACAAGGAUUUGACUUAGUUAACGUCUGUUUAAACUGGGAGAACGCACGUAGAUUAAAAAAGAACAAGUAUCUUUCCUGAUAAGGGGCGUCGGCUUUAUCUAAGUAUAGAUAAUCAGAUCAUCAAACCCUUGUAACUAAAAAAAAAAAAAAACCGCUGAUGGGUUGUUUUGUUUUCUUUUCGGUAGAAUAAACAGACUGCCUCUGGACAAAUAGGAGAGGAACCACCUCAAUCUGUAUUUUCAUAUCAUACACUCUUUCCGGUGAGUACUUUUGAAUUGCCUAUCGUGGGAGCAAGUCUCCCUUUAAUAAAAACAAGGGGCCAUGUUGCUUCUAUGUCACUUGGAAUUUAACGACUGCAGACAAUUCGCAUCGUUUUACUGAGUCGAUUCGAGCCUUUUCAAAUAAAUUCUUAGCCCCAUUAUCGCUUUCUCACGGUGGGAGAGGCCUAAAGGGAACAAAAUGGACGUACAUGCGAGAAGGAAGGGUUUCUUCAAAAGCGAGCUUUUCUAUCUUUUUUUUCUCGAUAGUCUUUAUUCCGAUCAAGUCACUUGUCAAGGGGUACAGGUGUACUAACCCCUCAUGCACCAACAGAGCACUGUACUGUUGGUUCGAUGUUGAGGCAGUAAGGACCUAACGCAGCCGCCCUGAGGAGCUUUGCUCAAGAAAAAAAAUCUCAGCAGGCGCCGGAAAUUGAUGCCCUGGUACGCGAUAGAAAGGUGUUUGCUUGGUGUCAUAAAAUUAAUUAAGACCGGAACAUAAUAAGUAAACCAGACACCAAGUAUCCGCGAGAGACGCGUCAUUUGAGCGCGAGGCAAGGCGAGGAGCCAGCAUCCCACGCAACCGUUUUUUUUGCGGCGUGACCUUUCUGUUUAAAAUGAAAAAGAUUUUGAUCAUUCCAAAUGUAUCUUAAAAAUAAAAGCUCGCGUCAUCUACCCGUAGAAAGUAAUUUACAUGAUAAACAAAUCCAGAUCGGACUGCCGGUGAUUUGGACGGGGCACGCCAGGCUUAAAAGACAUUACUUUAAAGCAUUUUAUAUUUCCUUUGUCACUUUGAUAUUAUUUUUGAAGGAGCGACCAGUAUUUCAUGUGGAAAUGUGUGACAAAGCGCCGCAAAAACUUGUUUCCAGUGCCGCUCAAAUGAAUGGACGGCAGCGUACAUGUACGAUUUUUUUUGUUUUUGAGGGUCAGGCAGCGAUCAUGCGAUGAAACCGAGUUAAAUUCUUACUAAUUAAUUAAUAUUCUACCUUAGACUUUCAAAGUUCAAAAGCGCUGUGGUUUUGAUUUCGAAACCAUUUGAAGUGAUCUGAAGGCGACCGUCGACGGUAUGAGUCUUCGUUUCCCAUUUCGAGUCUGUCGAGGGUUACAACCCCCAAAAGCAUUGGCAUGCACUCAAAAAAGAAAUAUGUGAACUCCGGCCGACGGGUUUCUCCAAAAAUGAAAUAUUUAGGAGAUUUCCUGACGAAAGACGUGGCAACGCGGGAACUUGAACCCGCCAAAUCGGCCUAUGCCGUAGUGGAAUUCAACAUGAUGCCAGCUACGUUGUACGUCGCUUCCACGUUCGUUUGAUCACUGAUCUUCUUCGCCAGAAUAUCAUUCCAACGGAUGGCCUUGUAAAUUCUGUUACGGACUUAAGUUACAUAUUAGUGAUAUUAGACUUGAGGUAAGUUUGUUUUUAGUCAAAUUAUUCCCAUUACAGUGAGGUAUUUCUGUUUUCUGGUCACUUCAAUUUAAAGAAAACAUUUAGCUUUAAUAUUAUUCUGUUUCUCUUCGGUAGUCAGUUUAUUUAUGGGCGUUUGUUAUCUAAUGGCAAAAUCUAAUUUUUAUCAUAAUUAUUUUGUACUAACUGGUUUUGUUUCUCUUGGGUAGUCAGUUCAUUUAUGGGCUGUUGUUAUCUGAUGACAAAACCUAAUUUUUAUCAUUAUUAUUUUAAACUAACUGGUACUGUUUCUCUUGGGUAGUCUGAUGACAAGACCUAAUUUUCAUCACAGUUUUCAUUUUGUACUAACUGGUUCUGUUUCUCUUGGGUAGUCAGUUCAUUUAUGGGCUAUUGUUAUCUGAUGACAGGACGUAAUGUUCAUCACAGUUUUCAUUUUGUGCUAACUGGUUCUGUUUCUCUUGGGAAGUCAGUUCAUUUGUGGACUGUUGUUAUCUGAUGACAGGACCUAAUUUUCAUCUUUUUCAUUUUGUACUAACUGGUUCUGUUUCUCUUGGGUAGUUAGUUCAUUUGUGGACUGUUGUUAUCUGAUGACACAACCUAAUUUUCAUCAUUUUCAUUUUGUACUAACUGGUUCUGUUUCUCUUGGGUAGUCAGUUCUUUAUGGGCUGUUGUUAUCUGAUGACAGGACCUAAUUUUCAUCAUUUUCAUUUUGUACUAACUGGUUCUGUUUCUCUUGGGUAGUCAGUUCAUUUGUGGACUGUUGUUAUCUGAUGACAGGACCUAAUUUUCAUCAUUUUCAUUUUGUACUAACUGGUUCUGUUCCGGAUUAUUAUUAUUAUUGUUUAUUGCUAUUAUUAUCAACAUCAUUAUUGAGUGAUCUAAAACUAUUUUUCUUUGAUACAGGGCUAUAAUUUGCAGCAGGUGAUGGAGUGUACACUGAUUUGCUUUAGGUUUCUUUCAGAAAUUCACAUAGAAUUUGCUUUAGUUACAAUUAUUGCUUGGGUAAUGAGAUAAACUUUCAGCGACACAGUGUGACAAAAUUGUUUUAACCAAAAUCGUGAUAACACCAUCAAAACGUUUUUAUUAUUAGUAUUAUUCGUUAAUUUCAAACGAUGCUAAUAUAUGUAUGUAAAAAUGAAAUUAUCUUGCCGCUUGUUACCGAGCUAUCCGUACUGUAAAACGUCAAAUGAAAAGUUAUAACACUCACAUGUCUAUUUAUGAUUUUGUCAAUGAAAAUCGACGACAAAAAAUUCCCUUCUCUGGCUCAAUUAAGAAGCUUGGGUUGCAAAAAAAUGUGUUUGUAAAACACAACCGAGUCAAUCAUCGUACGGUAAAUAAAUCAAAGCAUUAAUUACUUAAGCAAAAUAGAAUCUUAGGGUUAACGUCCCGAGAUUACUUCACACCCUCUGGUUGCCUUCCCUUCGCCGUGCCCUGUGAGCUUAGCCUGUGAACAGGCUCUCUGUCUGGGGGAAAAAUAGCAAGGAAAGGGAAGGGAAGGGGGGAGAGAGCCUGUAGACACACGUUUGAGGCCGCUAUUCCGCCCUCUUGUAAUUAUCUUGCCGAACAUCUGUCAGCAAGAUCGUUAUCUGUCAAUCAAUUUCGCGCGUGAGUAACUCCUGGGAAAAUUAUUAUUAAAAGGGAAAACAUCCGUGUUUUGCUUCGUCUCAAAACAAAGUGAAAUGGACCGCGAGCCUAAUUGUCGAUUUUGAAAAAAAUCGUUGAUCUCCGGUAAGAGAAUUAAUACGGUGCAGGUCGUUGGCGUUUCAAGAAAUAAGACCUUGCUGGUUGACAGUGGCCAAGACAGCGUUGUACUAGCGCAAGCAUUUGAUUGCUCAAGAUUUCCUCUUGUGCAAGGAGAAAGCUUUUCCGAUUUAAGCUGCUUAACUUGUGCUCAUCGCGCCGUUCGUCUUGCUAGUUCAGUUUCUAAUUCAACAAGCCCCUGCAAUGAGCGAACUUGGAAUGCGAAAGGUACAGAUACUAUCAUGACUUCUCCAGAACGUGAACCUCCAAAGACAAGUACAAAGAAAUCAACAGCGCUUCGAUCGCCGACAGAAAUUACACCUUAGGGUAUUUAUCCCGCAUUUAUAGCAAUAAAAGAGGGCGGUAGGCCUACACGGCGUUUACCUCACGCCAAAAUGCUGCCUGUUCCCAUAAGUUUUUUCCUCUGCUCGGUAGAUUAUGCUCUGGAAGGUUCUACAUUUUCACUGAGCAAAUAUGGUUUUAGCCGCUGGUUUCACACUGAGAGGUCAUGGCAUACAUAUCGAUUUACUGUGGUUUUUGUCUCUGGUCGGCAGGAUUUGCCCUCUCUGAUGCAAGAGCAUUUUCUUUGACCUCUUUUGAAGCGCAAAGCUUUUUAUUGCGGCUGAAUAAGGGUCGUACUUUUCUCCAAAGUGCCCUCUGGAUCUGAAUAACUAAGCGAUUUUCUUUAGUCCGUAAAUGUAAUGUUUUUCUGAAAUGUUGUAUCACGCUGGGCCCAGGUCGUUAGUUUUCUUUGCAGAAUGUUUAAAAUGAUCACGGAUAGUAAUUUACAGAUCCAAAGUUAUAAGAUUCAAGUGCAGCUUAAACCGAAGCUACAUCAACUAUGGAGAAUUGCAUUUUGACUCGGUAAACUCCAGCCUAGUGUUUUUCUAUCCAUUAGAUAGUGUGAGUCUUUUGACUGGAGCGCGUAGUUCCUCCCUUGGUAAUAGCUUUUGAACAAGCUUAACAGUCUUUGGAGUGUUUUGUUAUUUCCAAACGCGUGUUACGUGCCGACCGAAAAGCCGAUGUCAAUCAGACCUUUCAACAGUCAGUGUUCUCGCCAAUAGGAACUUGCAUCAGGAUCUGAUGCACAGCGGGUGCCGUGGAACGGCGGUCCCAAAGGCUUGUCCACAGGCCUUGUCGCUUUUCCCUCUCCCUAAUUCCCCGCUCGACCAAAGGCCUGUUCACAGGCUAUGUGAGCUUUGCGUUAGAUCUCACGGUUUAUGAUUAUAGAAUCAAGUCGCUAUUAAAAUGAAGCUGUUAUAAGUCGGUUGUAGUUACUGAUGUCCAAGAAUUCCAAAUGUUCCUGUUUCGGGAAUCGUAGUUUCUCUGGGAUUAACUCAUUCUCACUGAGUAAACAUUAAUUUAUCACAGGUAAGUAAAUGUAUUUAAUUUAUCACAUCGAACCUCGUUGCUGACGCCGUUUUGUGUAAUGUUCCUGCGGACUACACAGUAAUAGACAGAAGAUAGUAUACUGUUCGAUCGACAUAAUUGCAAAUAAUUUCAUUCCUCCCGUAAGAAUAGAUUUAGGCCGACAUUAAAAUGUUUCUCGGGUGGUAAACCUCAGCGUCUCGUAAUAUUUUCUGAGUCGGCAAAGGGUUUAUGUUUCAUUUUCAAUUUCUCUUUAGUAACAGAUAUAAACCCCGCUCUCGUUAAGGUUUGUUUCUUGAUCUUCGAUUAUCCCAUUCGAGUGAUAGUUAUUUCUCUUGCUAUCGCCUUCUAUAAUUAUGGUUGUGCGAUCAAUAAUUAAAGAGCGGGGUUUUUUUACAGUAGAGCCAUGCCUUGAAUACUAUUUCGCGUGAGAAGUAACAGUUGACGUGUGUCUCCACGCGAGUAAAGCCAACAAAUUCGCGUCCGUAUCUGGAAAACCUUUUUAUUAUGUCAAGAAAUGUCUUAUUUACACGUCUUGUGAUUCCCACGCCGGAUGUUUUUGGAUGCCGGCAAGUGCGAAAAAAGUAAUUACCGAGGAUUCCAAAGUAACACCUCAGUCGUAUGAAGGCGCGAAUUGUGAUCUCCCGUUUCAGUUAAUCAUAAGCCAUGGGUAGAUUCAAUCUACCCUUAGCCUAAUUUGCAUAAUUUUUUUUGGUGAGCAAAGCCCGUCACGGAUCGGUACAAGAACGACCGAGCAAGUUGGUUCAGAGAGCUGGUUUAUUACAGGACAUAUUUUUUAAUGGACUGAAACUCUGACAGUCAGCUCCCAAGUCAACUUUCGGUUGCUAAAAGAGAAUUAUAUUGCCAAUUAAAGCGUGACCUUGUUAACUUAUGAACAAUGUUAAGAUGGAAUAUGAAAGUAAGAGACAUUUUAUAUUCAAGAACAACAACUUUAUUAUUUUAACCAUACAAGCAUAAAAAAACUAUAAAAUUAUGCAAACGUGAAAAAGUUAUUGGAUGCGGAGAAACUGAAUAACAGCACACAACACGCCACCCAACGCAAAACGAACUAAUGUCUACUAACAAAAAAAGGAAAUACAGAAAAUUAGGCAAGCACUAUUUUUGAGAAAUAUGAAAGAAAAUCAGAAUACUAAACGAGGACCUCUAUUCAAAGACUUUCAAUUUGGGAGUCCUUAUCUAUAUUAUAGUUGUACUAUAGGUUCCAAAGCCUUUUCUUACAACACCCAAGUAAACAAUUAUUGGGCCGAGAUUGAGGGUGACAAAUACCUUCUAGGAUUAUGUACCUCGAGCUCACUUACGGAAAUUUGAGAUGGGGCGUUAACUGAAUUGAAACCGUAGUUAUUAGACAAAAGUUAAACAGUCUUAAUUCUUGACGCAAAAUUUCUCUGCCAGUAACCAUAAAUUCGAGAUAAUGUCAUAUUUAAUAAAUAAAUAAACAAACAGGGUAAGCCAAACUAAAUCGCCUAUUAAAGCACUUCAAAAACAACGUAAAAUUUACAAAAAAAUAUGAAGAAACGACUCACGUAACGACUCUUCAUUUCUCUCUUAGAAAUCUCAACUAUUAUCUCUAACUAACCUAGAUAGAUGUAUAGGCCGUUUUGUUUCUCUUCAGGCCAAAGUCAGGUAAUUUAUAUUGCAUAUAUAUAUAUACACAGAAAAUGCUGGAUUGCCCUGAGGUGAGGCUGCAAACUAUGAAAAAAGCGCGCAUUUUAACUCUUGACACACAGGUGGUUUCUUCAUAUUUAUUUAUUUGUAUUUAUUUUAUGGCUCAGGGAAAAAAGGAAUACCGGUACAAGAAAAAAGCAAGACAUUACAUGGUAAAUGAUGCCGAAUAGCAAGGAGAGGUGCACGAACCGAGAGGAUCAAAUGCGGUUACAAUGUAGCCACCCAGCCUAAAAAAGAUGUAGCUCCUUGAAGAAAUAAAGUAGUGCUGAAAAAUAUGAAUUUUUUGUUAAACUCAGACUAUGUCGUUUAAUGCGAUUAUGCGCAUUGAACGGUACUUAAGGUGGCUCUAUUGGAUUUUUCAGGCUAAAAUAUACCUACAAGUUUGAGCAUUAACUACGUCGCAAUAAACCAAUACAAAUAUCUAGGAACAUGAUCGUCGCAUCUUUAUCAGACGAAGGUAAAAAUUUGUUAUGAGCAGUGCUAUGUUUUGUCAAAGGAGUUGUCAUAGCAAGAAAAUAACUUCAUUAUCAAAAUCAUUCAUAGGAGCUUGUUCCUCCAACAGCUGCCUCAAUGCUCGUCAAGUUUGAGCAAAAUCUGUGAGAGCGUUAUAGAGAUAUUUUGGGAUGAAAUUUUAUGUUGAGACAUCAGUACAGUAAAAAACUGAAUAACAUAGAUGUUCGGCUGUUAUCUAACGACUUCAUUACUUUGCUAUGGAAAAAGCAAUAUUAACGUAACACCGAUCAUAACAAAUCAGUUUCAUAUUCAUCUAAUACAGCUGUGGUGAUCAUUCUUUCAAAUCUUUGUUAAUGCAGAAGUAGUAAAUGCUCAAACUCAGUUGGGAGUUAUUGCCCCUAAAAAUUCAGUCCAGCCACCUUGUGGGUUAGGUACUGAAGGGUUUUUUUUACCAGCAAAUAAACGCAUGCGAUGACUGCUGUGCACGAGUGACGAGACUGCUCCUUGUGCGUUACAGUGUCAAGAAUUUCGAGUAAUCUAAAGCGAACACGUGUGUUUAUUUCUCGGUAAAUGACAAACUAAUAUUCUCUAACACUUUUUAAGUUCAAUCUAACUGCUCUGCAACGUAAAUAAAUCUAAAUAAACUUUCAUGGGAAAUGUAAUAAAAUCUAAGCUAUUCAAAGAGAAAAUUACCGAGAAAAGAUAAAACUGACCCAAGAGACUUAUGUGCCCGGCCUUAACACCGUCCAUCGGCCAAAAAAAAAUUACAGCGAAAGUGAAACGCUUGAAAGUUUUUAAUUAAAUAUUGAAUUGAUAGACCAAAACACCGUCCAUCUAUCAUUUAAAACUUUUUUUGGAAAAUGUAGCAUUGUUUAUUGAACAAAAAUCCUCCUUUAGUUUAUUUUCAGUUGUUUUUGGUACGGACCGUGAAAGAAUUGUACGCCCUAAGAUUAAUAUAAUGCAGGUGCAUUUAUUUCUUAAGCGCGAUCUCUUAAGGCGCCGUAAACAUAUUCACUUUUUCCCCGCUUACGUCAACAUUGACGUUCUCUUUAUCGUCUUCCAUUGUGGGACCGGGAAAUUGCAAAACUGUGCAGAAUGUCAAUUUUGAGAAAACAAAGUCUAUAAUCACGAUAAUUGGACGAGGCUGUUGGGACCUUUCACACUGGUUCUGCCUGCGGGUACAACUAGUUGCUUUACAGAUAGAGAAACAGAGACUGGAGAGAGAGACUGGUUUUUCAUGUGUUCAUGUUAAACACUAAAAGCGAUAACGUUUUCCAUAAUGUGUAAUUAGCGUUAUCACAUUAUCGAAAGGCUAAUUUUUUUUCCUGAGUAAGAGGCAGUCUACCAAAGUACGCUAGCAAUAUAUGUAAAAUUUUAUUACCCGUAUCUGUAAAGCGGAAACGGGUUAUCUUAAGGUCGCUAAUGAUAGCCAGGAAUAUCAUUUUCAACCUCGUUACCAGGGUUCCCUCCUACCCGCCCCUCUCGCUCCGUAGGGCGGGUAAGAGAGAACCCUGGGAACAAGGUUGUAUCAUUUUAAGGCUUUAAUCUAUAGCACGAGACAUGUCCAGGUAACCUUGCAUAAUUUUACCUCUCCCCGUAUAAGAGAACGCGGACACUCUUUGCAGCAAAAAAAAAAGAAGCAAAAAAAGCUAAUUAACCUCCCAUAUGCGGAAUAAGUAAAACACAUUUAGACCAGAAUCCACUUAACUCUAUAUCAAUAUUCUAAAGUACGGUCAAACCCUUUCUUUCCCCAUCCGUAUGGGCCAUUUGCACGAUGACGUCUAUUUACUACUAAGACCAGAAUUCAUUUCGUUUUUUUCUUUUAUAUUUAAAUUUGGUAAUCCCUGUGAGGUUUGAGUAACAGAAGCCCUAAUUUGAACAAGCAAACGAAACCCGUGCAAAUAGCCUAUUGAGCAGUACCCUGGGUGCCAGUGGCUUUUCAUGCACGUUUUCCGGUUUCGGUCAAGUCUUAAAAAGUGAUCCGCGUAACUUCGCCACUCGUUCCCCGUCGCACGCGAAAAAAACCCUCUGGUACCCAGGGUAAUUGACCAGGUGUCCGCAAUGCGGGGUUUGACUGUAAUUCUAUUCUCGAACAAAAAAACGAGUUCUAACAAGAGAGUGGCACAGUUUUAAAAGUAAGGAUGUUACGUUCUUUUUUUACAACUCCCCUUGAAAGUUAUUAAAAGAGUACUUCAAUUGGCUCGAAGAUUUUCCAGCUUCUCCUAAGCGGACACCUAUCCCUGGUUCCGAGGUUAGACUUUAUAUGACAUUUAAUGGGAAGAACAUGUUCACUAUGAGCGUCAUUUUUUUGCUGACGAUUGAAAGAGCUCGCAUUGCACUAUAUUAUCACUGCUCCGAUAUUGCGAGCAACGAUUUAAGUCUUGGACACACGAUGCAAUUUAGUCAUUGCGCAGAAGGAAAACAGGUCCAGGUCAAAACAAGAACAAGUGCCUUUAACACAGUCCUUUUUGUUGCAGCUGCUCUCGGAAAUGAUGUCUCAUUUGAAAAAAUUAUUAAAUCAUAUGUUUGUAGAGGAGAAAAAAUUGGCUAAAAUGCUUCCAAGACAGAGUGCAGCACCCAGACUGUGCAUCUUUAUUUGGCAAUUAAAAGACAUUCGAGGAGUUUCUGUUAAAAAUAAUACCUAAUAUGUUAGCAAUUAAAAAUGAGAAAGAAAUGCUAUAAUUUAAGAAAUCAUUUUUUUGGAGGAUAAGACUGAAAAGGGCAAAAAAUAGAGAAUAUUACACCCCUCUUAUGGCUCUUGAGUCUACCCAGUGAUAAUUUAACCUUCCUGGUACCUGGCGAAUAGUUUGUUUCUACUCGGCUAAUGUUUUGCUUCCCAGGUCGCUUUCUGUUGUGAAUUCUACAAAACCAGCGCAUUUCGUUUUUCACAUUUGUUUAAAAGAAGCAAAAAUAUUUUCCACUCGGUCUGAUACAGAGGGGUGUAAUAUUUACUAGCAGCAUAUAUAAUUGUAAUCUAUACUUAGAAUAACUGCAUCACGAAACUGCAACUUACAAAUAAAACCUUAAAUGACUGCAUAAUCCUGGACGAUUCGACUGCUGCGUCGACUGAAAUCGCUCUUGAAGCGAAUUAAGAAAAUUCUUCAAAUUGGUUUUUGCAGGGAAAAAAUUGGCCUCCUCCAUGUAGUUCUAUUCAAUUGACACGCUAUAAAAACAAGUUUCAAGUUGUACACAUGCAUAUUUUUUCUUCUUUCGAAAGUAAUGGUUAAUUGACAGCGGAUUAAAAACAAGAUCAUGUUUGUAUCCCGUCAUUUGUCUAUUACAAGACACCAUAAUAACAACGGAGAGAAAUUGCAUUGCGCCCUUUUAAAUCAAACACUUCUUUACAUCCAAUUAGCUAAAAGGGCAGGAAAAGUCUUUUCAAUUCCCCUUAAUCGCAAAACUCUUAUGAGAUUGAAAUGAAGUACGAAACCUCAAGAAAUUAUCAAGGAUAACUAUUCCUUUUUUUUGUAGUGCAAUUGGAUUUUUAAAUCGGUAAUUCAGCACAUUUGCAUAAAGCUAAGUAUGCCUGUUUUUCUCCAACGAAGAAGUUAUUGGUUUUAGCUUAAAAAAUUAGUUUCUCAGAGGUGGCCAAUUCUUGUUCAACUGGAGAUAUCCUUUAAAAGACACCUGAAUUUUUGAUCCUGUAUUUCGGUUCGAGCCAGACGAAAGGACAGACACUAUGUUCAAACUAGCAACUUUGCUUGCUCUUGGAACAGCCUAUCUCUUCAUGUUUGCUUGGAUAGAGGAAGUAUCAGCAGAGGGUGCUACCGUAAGUUUAUCUUAUAUAUAGAGGCAACAUUUAGCUGCAUUGUGACGUUAAACCAAAUAAUUGCUAUUAUUAUAAAAGUAUCUCAAACUUUUCUUCUCAAAGCCGUUUAGUAUUCUCUUUAGCAGAGCUAUGGAACGAUUUUUUGGUAAACACAAGUUUAUGAUAAGGUCUACGUUCCCUAUAGUCGCCCUCGUUGCAUAAUGAGCCAAGGGUUUUUUAAAAUGUUAAGCUGUGUUGUGUGGCUUAUUUUAUGUCAAACGUCGACAGAGGCACCUAUCUAGGAAGGUAACCUGUUAUUGAUGCCUAGAAAAAGAGUACAGACGUAACGAUACUGACAUUGCGAGUGGUUCAGAUAUCGUAAAAUGCCUUUACGCGCGAUUUUUCAUUUGCACUCUAUUUAAGAAGGUGCAGGGAGAGGAGGAAGGCGCUUAUUUGAGGGGGGGGAGCUGGUUUGAUGUUAUGGCCUAAUGGAUGGGCGCCUAUUCGGGGAUGGGUGCUUAUUAGAGCGUGGGCGGUUAUUCGAGGAAAUAUCAUUUGUAACUAACCGGAAGCAGAUUGCAGGCACUGGAAAGAUCUAGAAGUCAUAGAAGUUGAACUCGCGACGCUGUGGUUCUUUAUGUACCAUUAGUUAAGCUUCGGUAAAUUACGGGCAAGAAAAACGUGCAUUUUGUUUUACAACAUUGCUGCGAAACGAGUUGAAAAGCGAUGUUGCGCGUUUUACCACCUACAUUCAAACCUGUUAACAGCCUGAUUUGUUGCGCAACAACUCUAUUUUCAGCAAUGUUGCAAGACAAGUGGCAAUUUUUUUUUAUUACCCGUACCUUUUAGCCGCACGGGUUCAUGGGGUACCUUGAUGUGGGGAACGACUUCAUUUGUUUGUUUGUUUUCAAUAUAUUUAAAUUUGAAUCGAACUGAAUUUUCAACACACCUUUCAAUAUUUUUUUCGAUUUAAAUUUUCCUCCCAGCCUCCCCCCCCCCCCCCCCAAACAAAUUCUUCAUUAAGCAUUUUAGGCAUUUUCUAAGCAAUUUAGGCUUUUUCUAAGCAUAAAUCAUCAGAUCAUCAAUCCCCUGUCAGAAUAAGAACAAUCGCCGAUAGUAUGAUUGUUUUCUUUUCGGUAGAAUGGCCCAACUACUUCUGUACUGGAGCAGCUAGCAGGUGGUCCUGAACAGACUGUGUUUACAUACCCAUUUUUUAAGGUGAGUACUUUAAUUUUGAGUUGCCUAUCGCGAAGGCAAGUCUCCGUUUAAAAACAAGGGGCCAUUUUGUUUCUAUUUCAAUAGGAAUUUUAAAUCCCCAUUCUCUCUUUCUCACCAGAGGAGAGGCAAGAAGGGGAACAAAAAAGGGUAUACCAUCCGGGUCUCCCCGGAGGGAAGCUUUUAAAUCUUUUGUCGACCAUUCGCAUGUCUUGGAUUAUCAGGAGAAAUUCGUGAGAUUUUCUUUAUUGCGAUCAAAUUACUUUUCUAGGGGUACAGGUGUACUAGCCCGUUACUAACGGAGCACGGUAACUUUAUUGACCUGAUAUCGGGGUCUGUACGUGAACGAUCGAGCGAGUGAUGUUAGAAAGUGGUCAGAUCACAUGACAUUUUUCUUAAGGGAACCGAAACGCUUCCGGUCAACUUCCAAGAUAAAUGUUUUGUGCGAUACCAGGGACUUUAGUAUCGCUUCCCCCUUUAAAAGCAAGAGCUUGAGCUGAAUUUAAUAAGGUUAAGAUGCAUGGCAUAAGGGGCAUUUUAUACUUAAAAUCAACAAUAACUUGGAAAAGAGUAUCUACUGGGGAAGCAAUAUUACAGCUCGCACCCCGCAACAAAAACACGUACUCGUGUCUGCCAACGAAUAAUGGAAAUGAAGCAAAUUGAGCAAACGCUAUAAUAGAGAAGUAGGACAGAAUCGAAAAGAAAUAAGAAUACGAAACGACGAGUUCUAUUCAAAGACCUACAAUGAGAGAUCAUAAUUCCUACCAGGUCAAAAGCUCAAGUAAAGAAUCAAAAACCCUUUCUAGGAAGACCUCGAUUUCACUGAAGGGGGGUUGAGAGGUCCUUAAUUGAAUUUCUGUCAGUAACCAUAAAGUCCAAUGUAUGUCAUAAACACAUAAAUUUAUAAAUAAAUUCGAGAACUCGACAAAAGCUCUUAAGCGCUUCAAAAAUAAUGUUAGAUUUACAAAGAAAAAUGUAAAAGUUCAAAUCAUUGUUCUCCCAGUCGGAGUCAAGUCAAUUAUACCACCGAAAAGUAAAUAUAAAUAAAUGAGUCCUCAUUUCUCUCCUUUUAAACUCUUACACCUUUUGAAACUAGCAUACAUGUAUACGAUAGUUUAUUUCUCUUCGGGCUAAAUUCGGCUAUUUUAUAUUGCUUAGACUCAGAAAAAGCCUGGAUUUAUUGUCCUAAAGCAACCUCGUCCCAAGGGUCUUCUCCGAAUUUUCCAAUAUACAGCCGCCUCACCACCGCCAUAUGUGGAAAACGAGAAGACCCUAGGGACGAGCUUGGCCCUGAAGUGAGUCUGUAAACUAUGCCGGGGAAAAAGCAUGCAUCUGAACACUUAACUCAUAGGCUACUUCUUCUUAUUUUUAUUUAUUUUUAUUUUUUGACUCAGCGAAAGAGGGAAUACAGGAAAAAGGCAAGAAGUUAUAUGGUAAAUGAUGUCGAAUAACAAAGAGAGGUGCACCCACCGAGGAUCAACGUAGCCACCAAGCUACUGAGAAAGUGUAGCUCCUUGAAUAAAUAAAGUGCUGCUGAAAAAAUAUAAAUGUUUUCUUAUAGUUAUACUAAGUCGGUUUUCGCGAAUACUUUGGCUAGUUUGGAUGUUUCGGGCCAAUAGCUUCCUAGCUGUUUCAGCAUGACUGAUGACUACGUCGCCAUUAAACAUAAAUGUAUAAAAAAGGCCACCAUUUUUAUCAACGGUGAAAAUUUGUAAUGAGCAGUGUUAUGAUGACGACAGAGUUUUCAUAGCAACGACGUUGUUGCCUACUUUUCUCACAGCCGUAUUUGAACUUGAUUUUUUUUCCAAAAUCGUUCACAGCAGCUUGUUCCUCCAAUAGACCAUUUGCGCGAUGUCUUUUUACUACUAAGAGCAAGACCUAAUUUGCCCAAGAAAGCAAUACCCCGAAGGUUUCUGGUACAGUAAAAACUGGCGACUAAAAACAUGGUUUUAAGAACCGGUUAAGCAGUAAAACUUGCCAGUUAGGCCCCCUCUAUACAAGAACCUGUUUAGCCUAAAAUUUGAAACAUGCGUUAUUUUCUAAAAUCUAUAAACAAUUUACUGUACGGUUGGAUAAAUAUUCAAUAUUCAGCAGGAUCCUCUUCACCCCAACUGCUAUGUAAUGGUACUGAUUUAGAUUUUAUGUACGGAAUAAGCUGAAAAGUACCACUAAAUACUCUUAGCUUCAAUGUGUUUUCUUCUUCAGAACCUAUUUAAGAACCUACAUAGCCGAAAUUUGUGUUAAUUACCGUUUAUGUAAGAACCUGUUUAAGCUAACUUGGGUACACCUCAAGUAGUUUAAGGCCCAGGACUAAGGCGUUUACUUGUCGAAAAUGAUUUAUUGGCCAUAACUUUGGCAUAGAUGAUGGCGCUGAAUCAGAAUUUGGCACACAUAAAGAACUCACCAUCAUUAACAUUUUAAAGUAUAAACAUUGUGUUAAUAAGUCACGUGAUAAGUCACGUGACCAUUUUGCUAAAAAUCGUGAAUUAUUGACCAAUUGGUGGCCGGUUUAAGAAAAGAAAUUGGGAAAAACAUUUUUCUAAUUUAUAUUAAAUAUUUCUAUCCGCUUCACGUUUGGAAUGACCGUCCAUUGCACUUCAAUAAAAAACUAUGAGGGAAAACAUUAUUUUAAAUGCCCAAAUUUAAACUUGAAUUAUUUAAAACUUUAAUUUUAAACGACGCGUACAUUCAUUCGAAGCAUUGAAAGUUAGGUAUGUUUAACCUCUUUCAGAAAUACCAAUUUCUGAAAGGGAAAUAUCUCCAAUAUCUCCUAGCGAGAGAUAUUGUCAAUUAGUAAAAUUCCGCUGGUGGUCUAUUAUCAAUGCUGCGUUCUGAUUGGUUGAGCUACUACUAUGCUAUAUGUUAUAUCGUUAUAGCCCGCUAGUAGCGAAAAGCGCGGGCUUUUUGGCGGCAAAAAAUGAUGAAACGCUAGCUUUAACUAGCUAAAGUUGUUUUGUCUCGAUAUCUUUGACCAACUACCUGGAUUUUACUAAAACAAUUAUUCGUCUCGCCCUCAUGGCCUCUGAGUCAAUAGCCCAUGACUCAGAGCCCAUUCGGGCUCGAGGAAUAAUUGUUAAUUAUUCAUAUGCUCAGAACACAUCUUUGACCCAGGCCUUAAACCCCUUGAGACGAUGCAAUUUAGUCAUUGCGCAGAAGGAAGUCCCUUUAACACUUGACAGUCCUUUUAGUUGCAGCUGCUCUCAGAAAUAAUGUCUUAUUUGAGGUCUUUGAGAAAUUUAUUCAAUCAUUUGAUUGUGGGGGAGAAAAAACUUGGCUAAAAUGCUUCGAAGACGAAGAGAGCGGCUCUUCUAAAUAUGCAUCUUUAAUUGACAAUUAAAAGAUCAUGUUCAAGGAGUUUCUGUUAAAAAUAAUGCCUAAUAGGCCAACCAGUUAAAAGAGGGAAAGAAGCCUGCUGUGAAAAAUAGUUUUUUGAGAAAUGUUAUCAUUUAUUUGGCGGAUAAGAAAAAGGGCAAAAAAACAAAGAGUAUCACACCCCUUUAUAACAGACCCAGUGGUCCAAUUCAGUCUACCCAGUGAUAAUUUAACCUUCCUGGUACCUGGCGAAUAGUUUGGUUCUACUCGGCUAAUGUUUUGCUUCCCAGGUCGCUUUCUGUUCUGAACUCUACGGAACCAGCGUAUUUCGUUAUUCAUAUUUGUUUAAAAAAGCAAAAAUAUUUUCCUUUCGGUCUGUUACAGAGGUGUGUAAUAUUUACUCGCAUCAUAAUUAAUUGUAUUCUAUAAUAGAAUAACUGCAACUUACAAAUUAGACCUUAAAUUACAGCAUAAUCCUGGACUAUUCGACUGCUGCGUCGACUGAAAUCGCUCUUGAAGCGAAUUAAGAAAACUUUUCAAAUUUGUUUUUGCAGGGAAAAAAUUGGUCUCCUUCGUGUGCUUCUAUUAAAUUGAAAACGCUAUAAAAAACGAGUUUCAAUUUGUACACAUGCAUUUUUUUUCUACUUUCGAAAGCCGGUAAUGGUUAAUUGUUGUUUGAUGAUUCCAAUUAAUGGCGGAUUAAAAACAAGAACAUGUUUGCAUCCCGCCAUGUGUCUAUUGCAAGACACCGUAAUAACAACUGAGAAAUUGCAUUGGGCACUUUUAAAUCAAACACCUCUUUACAUACAAUUAGCUGAAAGGGCGGGGAAAGUCCUUUCAGUUCCCCUUAAUAUCAAAACUCUUAGAUUGAAUUCUGUUAUUCAAAAUGAAGUAUACCACACUUCAAGAAAUUAUUAAGAAUAACUAUUCCUUUUGUAUAGUGCAAUUGGAUUUUUAAAUUGGUAAUCAGGCUGAGCAUAUUUGCAUAACGCUAAGUAUCCCUGUUUUUCUUCAACGAAGAAGUUAUUGGUUUUAGUUUGAAAAAUUAAGUUUCUCAGAGGUGGCCAAUUCUUGUUCAACUGGAGAUAUCCUUUAAAAGACACCAGAAUUUCUGAACCUGUAUUUCGGUUCAAGCAAGACGAAAGGACAGACACGAUGUUCAAACUAGCAACUUUGCUUGCUCUUGGAAGAACCUAUCUCUUGAUGUUUGCUUGGAUAGAGGAAGUAUCAGCUGUAGAUGCUACCGUAAGUUUAUCUUAUAUAGAGAGGCAACAUUUAGCUGCAUUGUGACGUUAAAAGAAAUAACUAACCAUCAUUUGGCAAAAGGUAUCUCAACCUUUUCUUCUCAAAGUUUAUUGUAUUCUUAACUUAAGCAUACAACUCAGACUCGUUGGGUCGUACAGUAACUUUCUUGAUUGGUAAAAAGGACAUGAUUUUCAGUUGCCGGGUUAAAUCUCAUUUGGUCUAAUAUCUAACUUUUAGGAAGAGAGGACUCCGCCACAAUUUUAGGAACGUCCGCGGUACUUAAAAAUAACACCAUUAAGGGGAUGUCCACACUUGGUACUCAGGAAUCAGUGUCUGAAUACCGGCACAAAAUGGUUUUGUGUUCACACUUUUAGUACCCGAUAUGUGACUCUGUAUAUAGUUGCUCCAUUUUGCCUUGUCAGACGCCAUUUUGAAACAUAGGCAGCGAGCACAAAGCAGUGGACAGCCCCAGAACUAACAGAAACGUAGCCUGUGUAGCAGGUGAUGGUGUUUUAGGGCCAAGGACGAAAUCUCGAGGAUACGCGUGUGAUAUAAACAUGACUGGCGCCUGCUACGCGGGCUAACAGAAACCGUGGACGGUGCGCACACAGGGACUCGGUGCCCACUUUUCUGCUCAAGUACAAAGGCUCAGUCGACCUUGUACUCGGGCAUACUUGUAAAGAGGGUGUGUUCACUAUAGUACAAAUACUUCCUAGAAUAACCUGUUAGCUAUUAUAUAAAUUAUAGUAUUUAAGACUAUUGUAAUAUCGUCUUUUACUGAUUAAGGUCCUUGUUAUUGUCGUCUUAUAAUGUUUUACGGGGUGUGCAUUGAAAGCAACUAGGGCCACCUGCGUGAAACAAUUGAAGGCAAUGUUCACGUUUCUUAGUUGCCAAACUAUUACAAAUCAAAGUCAGUCUCCUUUUUGUGAUCGUGACUUGUGAUUGGCCGAUUAAUGCUCGGGUGACACAGCCUGUAAGAACUGUUUCUCUCACUUUCUUGGCAGGAUAACCGCCCCGCAUCUCCAAAAGAUGUGCAAGUAAAAGGAGUGUCUAGCGAGGUAAAUGUUUUUGCAAAUGGAAACCAGUUAUGGAAGUAAAUUGAACAACACUAAGGUUUAUGGCAUUUUGAUGUCUUGUUCUAUUGUCUGCCUCUCUUUUUUGGCAGACAAGACGUCCAAUAGGAGUUGACGGGCCCUUUUACCUGUUCAACUGGAAGGCGGUAAAUAUCACUAUAUAGAAAAACGUUCAGACUGGGGUAAACUGAACUAAUGAAUGGUAUUCAAGCCAUCAUGGCCUCGUUUUAAAUAUAGGUGCGAUCACCAAAUGACAUAAUCCAAAUGAUCACCUGAAUAAUACCCACACCACAACACAGCACCUAUCCUACAAUGGUUUCAUCAACACCAAGAAACACCCUCAUUUUUUCUGUAUCAUCACUACAAUAACUCGCAGAAACGUACAAAAGAGACAUUUAUCCUCAAUUUUAUGAUAAGGUCUAGUUUCCUAUAGCCUCCAUCGUUGCAUUUAUAUUAUGCUACGUUUCAUAUUAUGAGAAAUAAAAUCCCUUUAGUCACUUUUCUGGCAGGGCGAGGCAAUUCCCAGAACAUCUUCCAACGCCAACAGUGGAGCCUAUUACUUGUUUUGGAAGGUAAGCUAUUCAGUAUUGGUGCAGCGUAGAAAAAGGGUGCAGAGGUAACGAUAUUGACAUGACCAGGAGUUAGGAUACCGUGGGUACACUGCCACUUAUGAGCCCUGGGCUUAUACAUCCUCGUAAGGGGUUUUAGGAGGCCUUAUAAGCCGGAGGGGGGCUUGUAUCCUAGUGGGCUUAUAACCGGAAUAGAAAAAGCGCUUAGAAACAAGCUAUAACAGUUCUGAACAAAAAACGUUUUUAUCUUCAGGAUAAAUCAAAUUAAGGUAAUUCUUGGAUGAGUGUCAAAACUACUUAGGGUUAUAAUCCCCGACGCCCGGCCCCUCGGUACAUUUGAAAAUCUAGAUGGCCGGCAUUAACGGUAAGACGCGGAGUUUCACUUCAUUCAUAUCUGAAUAAUACAACUUUUGCUAUCCAGAUUUUUUUCUUAUUAAGCUGUAUUUUUCGUGUUGACAGAACAAGUAAGAAAUACCAAUUAAAAAAAAUUGGGGGUUCCUUUCUCGUUCUCUCAUUAUGACGGAUAGUUUCCUUUGUCCGUAGAUUGACAGUGCCUUAAGAAGGGGGGCUUGCAAUCGAGUGAGAGGAGGUCUUAUAUUUCCCGGAGGGCUUUUUAAUAUGGGAUGUAUUUUUUCAAGGGAAGGUCUUAAAAAACAUCUGCUGAGAUAUAAGAAUAACAGGUUAUUUGACUUUUAAUUUCACUGCACACUUGAAAUCGAGAAAUGCGCAUAAAUCAAAAGAGACCAGCUAUCUUUUCUAUAUUUAUCUAAGGAUAGAUUACCAGCUCAUCAAUCCUUUGUCUCUAAAAACCAACCGUCGAUAUUUUGAUUAUUUUCUUUUCGUUAGCCUGGCAAGACUCGGGACUCGGGACAAAUGUCCGCGUCACAAUCUGUAUUUUCAUAUCGUCCCCUGUUUCAGGUGAGUACUUUAUAA